CAUUAGCUGUGUCCCUUCGCCCUGCCUUAGGCGUUCCUCGGUGCGAAAAAAGGCGAGGGAAAAGGCGGCGUGGAGCGGCAGCGGCGGGGCGGGCUGGGCGGCCUCAGGCCCUUCCCUCAGCCGCGCUACCUGCGCCGCGCCGCCACGUGAGCGCCACAUCACCGCCCGCCGCUCCGCGCCCUCACCCGCAGCCAGCGGCCGCGCUCCCCUCACCCUCCCCUCCUUCCUCAGCCCUUCCACAACCCCCUUUUCGCUUCCCCUGGCAACGAGAGCCAUUCCUUUCCCCCUUUCACCCCUCCUUUCCCCCUCCCGCCCCGGCUCGGGAAGAUGCUGCAGUCGCUGGCGGGCAGCUCCUGCGUGCGGCUGGUGGAGCAGCACCGCUCGGCUUGGUGCUUCGCCUUGCUGGUGCUGGGUUAUCUCCUCUACCUGGUGUUCGGCGCCGUGGUUUUCUCUUCGGUGGAGCUGCCUUACGAGGACUUGCUGCGCCAGGAGCUGGGCAAGCUGAAGCAGCGCUUUCUGGAGGACCACGCUUGCCUCUCGGAGGAGCAGCUGGAGCAGUUUCUGAGGCGGGUGCUGGAAGCCAGCAACUACGGCGUCUCGGUGCUCAGCAACGCCUCGGGGAACUGGAACUGGGACUUCACCUCUUCCCUCUUCUUCGCCAGCACCGUCCUCUCCACCACGGGUUAUGGACACACAGUGCCUUUAUCUGAUGGGGGAAAGGCCUUUUGCAUCAUCUACUCUGUCAUUGGGAUCCCCUUCACCCUGCUCUUCCUGACAGCCGUGGUGCAGCGCAUCAUCGUCUACGUCACCCGGCGGCCCGUGCUCUAUUUCCACAUCCGCUGGGGCUUCUCCAAGCAGAUUGUUGCCAUCAUCCAUGCUGUAGUCCUUGGCUUCAUCACGGUCUCCUGCUUCUUCUUAAUCCCAGCAGCAAUAUUUUCUGUCCUGGAAGAUGACUGGAAUUUUUUGGAGUCUUUUUACUUCUGUUUCAUUUCCCUGAGCACCAUUGGCCUCGGAGACUACGUGCCGGGAGAAGGAUACAAUCAGAAAUUCCGAGAGCUGUAUAAAAUUGGUAUUACAUGUUAUCUGUUGCUGGGCCUUAUUGCAAUGUUGGUGGUUCUUGAGACUUUCUGUGAACUCCAUGAGCUCAAAAAGUUUAGGAAGUUGUUUUAUGUGAAGAAGGACAAGGAAGAUGACCAAGUGCAUAUAAUGGAACAUGACCAACUCUCCUUCUCUUCCAUCUCAGACCAAGCAGCCUCCAUGAAGGACGAUCAGAAGGCAAAUGAGCCUUUUGUGACUUCCCAGUCCCCAACUUCCAAUGACAGCUCUCUAAACAAUUAAUACAGGGGUAUCCAUGCCAUUGUUGUGGUACAUUUAUGCUACUUACUAUAAGAAAUAGAAUGCCUCAUUUUUAUUUUUUUUUUUUUCCUGAAAAUAUAAAAGCUGGAAGACUGUGCUACUUUAACAAAGAUUCACUUCUGACAUAGAAAAGACUUCUGGGAAAAGUGUGGGAGCCACCCUGGGAGUAGGGAAAAAAUGCAAGGUGUGGCUGGGAACAUUUUUUGAGGGAGAAAGAGUUAAGUUUACCACUUUCAGAGGUGCCAGAGAGAAAGGUUUGCAGAAGCAACUUCAUCCAACAUCUCCAGGGAAGUUAGGUCUUCCCUGGCAUCCAACUCAUUUAGUUGCACAUCUCAUCUUGCAAGUGGUGACACAGCCAGUUUUGGGCUGUUCACUUUUCAUUGUCAGAAGUGUAGUCACAGAUUUACUCCAAACACACAAAAUACCUAAAUCUGGAAAACAUUUCCAGAGCAGUAUCUAUAGAUCUACUGGAGGGAGGGGGAGCAUCUAGAUCAUCCCUCUAUCAACCAGUAACUUGAAGGUGCAAAUAAUAAUUCUUGGAAUGAAAAAAAACCCAGGGCUAACAUCCCUCCUUUGCCCAUGCCAUUGAGAAAUGCAAGUUUCCUACUUCCUUGAAAGGUCCCCACUCAUGAGAAAAACACUGUCCUGAAGAGAGUGUGCCUUGAGUCUUCCAUGCUGUUUGUCUUUCUAUGAAAUGCUUUUGUAAAUGCUGAAAAGGUAGCAAAACAAAUUGCUGGGUGAGAUGGGGCUUUUCAGGAGGGGAGACAGCUGCUUUUCAGCCCUCUGUCCUCUGAAAUGGGUAGGAGUGGGGUUUUUAGCUAUGAAUGGAAGGAAAAUGAGAACUGAAAUCCAUGGGUGGCACAGCCAUGUGUUUAUGGCAUUCUGGUGGGUGGUUAAAAUCUGCUCAGCAGAAGGGCUCAGCUCUGUUUCUUCCACAGUCCAACCCAGUGUGUGCUUGCUCUCUGCCGAGCUGCUGGGCAAGCAGAGGAGCAGAAGUAGUGUCACCCUUUAAACAUAGCCCCUUUUUCUGCUUUUGCUUUUCUUGUAAGUACUUGGAGCACUUUGGAGAAGGGAAUGUUUCAGGGCAAAACACUUUUUUCAGGUUUUUUUUCACAUGGCAAGAAAAAAAAGGAAAAAUGUCACGUGUGGUUCAGAUGGGACCGAAUUUUUUUCCCCUUGGGAAAAGUCACUAAAAAAGUCAAGAUCUUGCUCAACUUCUGAAGCUGGAACCCUCUUUGGCUGACACAGGAGAGGUGCUUUAGUCCAGCUGCCAGUCACUGUGCUGAAUGCAGAGACCUCAGAGUGAAUUUCAGUGAGCAGCAGGUGAGGUUGAAGUGGUUGUAGUGCUUUCUCUUCUGGCCUUAAGAAUCCACGAGAUGGGAAUCUUGAUCAUGCUUUGCAGUGAAGAAAAGAUCUGGAGCACAAAUAGCCAUAUUAGGACAGCCUCCCACGUAGAAAUAGUGUAGAGGAGAGCCUUUUCUCUGCAGUGCAAGCAUGCCAGAUUGCCUGUAAUUUGGCUUUUAGUGUUUAGAGCUGAAUAAUAGUUUACUGUAAAAGAAAAAAAAUGCAGUGUGUCUCAAUUUAGUGCACAUGGGGAAAAUACUUGAAAGUAAACAACCCAAAAUAUACUGUGUCUGAGCUUCCUUAGAGCUAGCAUCAAACAGAUUUUAUAUCUUCACUGGAGAAACUUACUUUAUGGUUAAAUCAGCUGAAAAUCUUCAGUUAAAAUUCAUGUUUAUAGAAACUAAACAAAACAACAAAAAAAAAAGAAAAACCACAGAGCUAAAGGUUUUGGAUGUUUUGGGUUUUAUAGAAUAAGUGAGAGCAUACUGUGUUUGCAUGUUCCCAGGAAAGUGGCUAUUUUUAUACUGCAUAAGUUAACACAGUUCUAUUUAUAAUGAAUGUUAACCAAUAUAUAUGUACAUAUAUACAUAAAUAUAUUUAUAUACUGUACAUAUAUCAUAAAUCAACAGAGUUUAACAGACUUAGGAAUGGCAUUUUAGAUAUUCUUUUCCCUAGGCUUCUCUUUAUACAGUCAAUAAUAGAAAACUAUGGCAUUAAAAUGACACUGACAUAAAAUUAAGAGUACUGUACUACAAGAAACAUUUAUACUGUUUGGUUUUUUUUUUUUUCCAGUGGAACUUUAUUGACUAAGUACCUUAAGAUUCAAGAUUUCCUUUCAUUUCAGUGUAACGUUAAGCUUUACAGGAUAUGCACAGAUGCUAAAUGAGUCAAAAAGUUAAUUUUGCAGUGUGUAGACAAUUGCAAAAAAUGUAAACACAUGGAAUGAAAGCACAGAACUCAAAGCUGAAGGGAUAACCUAAGAAUUAUACUGUGAUGUAGGUGAGUAUUUGUUAUUUUAAACUUUAAUAAAAAGUCUGGCUUUUGCCUGCCUGCACUAUGAAA